GGACAACUAAUACUAUCAGCAAGCAAGCAACCGGCCAACUUGCAUUUGCAACCACAGAUGACAUAGAGCGAGGACGUGUGGCUGUGGCUGUGGCUGUGGCUGUAGCUGUGGUUGUGGUUGUGGCUGUGGCUCUCCUCUCCUCUCCCCCACCGAAGCUUUGUUUUCAACUCCAUUCCAGUCUUUUUUUUCUUUCUUUUUCUUUCUUUUUUUAAAAUCUCUUCCUUUUCACUUUCCUUUCUUCCUCGCGAGCAGAGAAUUGAACAGGACAGCAGCACAGGUUCUCUUCUGCUCACCUCACCGAGAGGUAAAAGGAAGGAAGGAAGAUGUCGGCAGCAGCAGCAGCAGCAACAGCGGGUGCUUCUUCCUCUUUAUCCGCCUCCUCCCCAAAACUCAUCACUUCCCACUUCUCUACUUAUUAUAAACCAUCAUCCUCCUCCUCUCAUCACCCCCAUGCCCAGGCCCAGGCCAAGAAAACUGCAUUCCUGCCGGGCCUCUCUCUUCAAGAUGCCAGAAGGGGUGCCUCCUCUCUGUUUUUCAUUUACGCUGCUGACAGAAGCAGCCGCUCUCGCAUCAAUCUAGCUGCAGCGCCCAGACCUAGAGGGCUCGAGAUCACCGCCAGGGCCGCUGGCGCUUCAAAGACUAUCGAGGUGGAGGUUGACAAGCCCCUCGGCCUCACCCUGGGCCAGAAGCCCGGUGGCGGCGUAGUCAUCACUGCCGUGGAUGGUGGAGGAAAUGCAGCCAGAGCUGGGCUCAAGGUUGGGGAUCAGGUGCUUUACACUAGCAGCUUCUUCGGAGACGAGCUGUGGCCUGCUGACAAGCUCGGCUUUACCAAAACCGCCAUCCAAGCAAAGCCUGAUUCCGUUGACUUCGUCGUCAGCAGGGGCGCGGAGGUGGAUGUGAAAAGGCUGCCAAAGCGUCCAGCUCCUCCCCGUUUCGGAAGGAAGUUGACCGAGGCCCAGAAGGCUAGAGCCACCCACAUUUGCCUAGAUUGUGGAUAUAUAUACACCUUGCAGAAACCUUUUGAUGAGCAGCCCGAUACAUAUGCAUGUCCUCAGUGUCAAGCACCCAAGAAGAGGUUCGCUAAGUACGACGUGAACACUGGGAAAGCAAUUGGUGGCGGGUUGCCUCCGAUCGGGGUCCUCAUUGGACUGGUAGCUGGUAUUGGUGCUGUCGGAGCUCUGCUCGUUUAUGGCCUUCAAUAGAAAGAUUUCCUACUGAUACAAACAAAAUACAACAGUCCCAAUCCUACACCACAGUACUUGAGAAGCUAGUGGCGUCCAUCCUGUUGAUCCUUUCUGCUUGUCAAUAUGUCAUGGCUGGCUAGCUAUAGCUAGCUCUUCCUCUCUUGGUGCUGGAUUAAUAUCUCCCAAAUUAGUUUCAUUAUUCGAUUCGAUUUGAUUCAACCCAAUCCAAUUAGAUGCAUUGAAAAGCUGUUCUGUUCUGCGCAA